GAACGGUCAAGUUGAAAAAUGUCUUCGACAAGUCGAUCAGGGAAGAAAGUCGAUGUAUUGAAUAAAAAGAUCCCUGAAAACCCAAGAUACAAGCAUGUUCGCGCGACCGUUGAUACUGGCCAUAGUAUCUCAAAAUACAUGGAAAGGAUUGAAGAUAUGCGAAAAAACUACAAGUACAAAAAAGAUGAAAUUUUCAAGAGAAUGAAAUCGUCGACGUUUGCCCAGCUUGUAUUACAAGUAGCAGAAGUUAUUCAAGUUGAACAAGAAAGAGAAAGCUUGAUAUCUGCUGCAGGAAGUGAAGCAUCAGAUAUCACUCUUGUUAAUGAAGAAAGAGAAUGCUCUGAGAAUAUCCCACCUCUUGACAUAUCAGAUGAGAAUGGAAAUGACAGACCAGACACUACUCGUACAGAGACAUCAAGGUCCACUCUCCAAGGCUUGAUUCAUGGUGUUGGCGAGAUUGACCUAAAAGACCAAGAAAAAGAAAGUCAUAACCUUAACAUAGAAGGUGUCACUCCAGCACCAAGUGAACCUGAUGUAGAGUCAAUGCCUUAUUUAUUACUUGAUUUGAGAGAGAAGGAUGCCUAUGACCAGUGCCACAUUAUUGGAGCAUUAAGCUACCCAGUCAGUAUGUUAUCCAGGUCUUACAAUUACUUUACUAAGGAAAUUCUCAUGUUUAAAAUGUCUUCGACAAGUCGAUCAGGGAAGAAAGUCGAUGUAUUGAAUAAAAAGAUCCCUGAAAACCCAAGAUACAAGCAUGUUCGCGCGACCGUUGAUACUGGCCAUAGUAUCUCAAAAUACAUGGAAAGGAUUGAAGAUAUGCGAAAAAACUACAAGUACAAAAAAGAUGAAAUUUUCAAGAGAAUGAAAUCGUCGACGUUUGCCCAGCUUGUAUUACAAGUAGCAGAAGUUAUUCAAGUUGAACAAGAAAGAGAAAGCUUGAUAUCUGCUGCAGGAAGUGAAGCAUCAGAUAUCACUCUUGUUAAUGAAGAAAGAGAAUGCUCUGAGAAUAUCCCACCUCUUGACAUAUCAGAUGAGAAUGGAAAUGACAGACCAGACACUACUCGUACAGAGACAUCAAGGUCCACUCUCCAAGGCUUGAUUCAUGGUGUUGGCGAGAUUGACCUAAAAGACCAAGAAAAAGAAAGUCAUAGACUUAACAUAGAAAGUGUCACUCCAGCACCAAAUGAACCUGAUGUAGAGUCAAUGCCUUAUUUAUUACUUGAUUUGAGAGAGAAGGAUGCCUAUGACCAGUGCCACAUUAUUGGAGCAUUAAGCUACCCAGUCAGUAUGUUAUCCAGGUCUUACAAUUACUUUACUAAGGAAAUUCUUAUGUUUAAAAACAAGCCAGGUAAAAUAAUAGUAUUGUAUGAUGAAGAUGAGCGUUUGUCAGGAAGUGCAGCAASGACAUUUGUCCAGAGAGAGGUGGAUAAUGUUUUUAUGCUCUCAGGGGGUUUAAAAGUGUUGGUCAAGAAGUUUGGAGACAGUAUGAUAAGUGGACAAAUUCCUCCAUCAUGUAUGCCUACACCUCCUACCAGGAGAAAAGGAUCUGGAAAAUCAACUGCACGCAAUCCCUCAACACCUAGUGGUCCAGUUGAACAUGUUAACUAUUUCACCCCAGAACGUCUAGAAAUUGUUCAAGAUAAGCUUGAUGAAGAGUUACUAAGCCAAGACAGUAAAAGUCGGCUAAGUUCUCGCGUUUCAAGCAGAUCUGCAGUUAGUUCAGCAUCYAGUAGCAGAGUUCCAACUGCUUCUUCCACUUCAUCCAAUAAGAAGACUGUUUGGAGAUGAAGCACUGUACCUGAUAGUGAUUUAAUAUAUUAUGUAAACUCUGUGUGAAUGGACAAUAUCAAUUGACAAAUUGGCUUCCAUAAACCUGUGAAACUAUUAUAAGUGUAUUUAUGAAAAGCAAUUGAUCCAUAUAAUAGAGAAGUAUGAAAUCUUUUUCACAGGCUUAUGAAAUCCUAUCACUUUUCAGUGAAGCUGAAUAAAAAAACAUGAAAAGUUUGAAAAGGAUAUCUACAGAACUAAUUUCUGUGCAAUGGAGUUCACGAAGUUUUUUGUUAUUAUUUUUGUAACUGUUAUUGUGAUGGUGAUGGCCUCAAUAUUAUUUUAAAAUUUAUGGAUUUUGAUGUCAGUAUCAUUUUGUGGUACUGCUAUAAGUUGUGAGUUGGAAUGCCUUUCAUAUGAUUGUAUCACUUAGCUAGGAGAUAUCUUAUCCGUUUAUUGUGUAUAUAAAAAUUAGUAUAUGAAUAAUCACUGCAAAUAAAUAAAAUUUUUCUUUCAUU